AUGGCUCCGGUUAUUGAUAAAAGGGCGGAGUUAGACACUGCUGUUGCUGGUUUCAGUGCUUCUCUCGCUCAAGUUGUGUCCAUCACACCUAGCGGGACACCUGGAGCACCAGAAUACAGAUACAGGGUGGGCUUUGUUGUCUUUGCACCAGCAGGGAGAGGGGAGGUUUUUGUCUGUGUCUCGAAAAAAUUGCUCGUUUCUACAAAACUUAAAAAGAAGGCUUCUUUUGGUGUACGAUUCUAUAAUCAUGGACACAAGGGUCCUGCUACUUUCCAUUCAAACCAUUUGGAUUACCUUAUUUUAAAGGUAUCAGUCCAAGAGCACGUUCCUGCGGUUGCAUUUGGUGAUGUUGUUAGAAGCUCUGAGCUUAUCCUAAUAUGCAAAGACAAAGCCGACGAGUGGAAUACUUACAGUACAACAGUAAUUAUCCCACAGAAUGAUGCUUGUGCAUUCGACGGGGGUAGGCCACCUUCUGUUGCUCUUAGUGAAGACUUUUUCACCAUGGGCUUCCCUGUUCUCCCUGCCCUUGGUUUCGACAAAAUCGAUGGUGCUCCAGUAUUUGAUAUGCAUGGACUUUUUGUGGGAUUAGUACACUCCUUUGCCACAGUGAGUAGGGACAACACACUAAACGAUGUGGUGUUUGUACGCCGUGCCGUAAGAUUUGGUGUGCCGGAAUGUAUGAGGUAUGAUGGAAGGGCAAGCUGUGUAACUCCAAGUUAUGGAUAA